AUGCCUCGCUACUCAAUUGAGGAAAGAGUUUUUCUAGUUUGGAAUUACUAUGCUGUUGGUAAAAGUCCAUCUGAGCUACUCAGAAAAUGGUCUAGUGCUUAUAAAAACAAGCCAAAACCACAAGCUGCUACCGUAAUGGACUUAAUAAGAAAAUGGGAAGCAACUGGCAGUGUUCAAGACGAUACUAAAGGAAUGGCUUCAGCUAAAGUUACUCAAAGGACUCCAGAGAAAAUUGAACAGGCUAGAGCCAUCAUGGAUGCUGAACCGUCAACCUCAGUACGACAACUCGCUCAACAAGUCGAUGUUAGUGUAGGCACAGCUUGGCGAAUCAACCGAAAAGAUUUGAACAUUUUUCCCUAUAAAAUGCAAGUUGGACAGCCAUUGGAACAAGAGUCUUGCGAGAAAAGAGUUGCUUUUGCCAAUGAAAUUUGCGAAGUUCUUGACACGCCUGAUUCACCGAUGGAUCCUUCUAAGAUAAUUUUUUCGGAUGAGCGCAUUUUUGGCUCAAUGGUUUUGGGUAAAGUUGGUAAAUUGAAAGUUCCAAAUGUUCUCAGCUUGAUUGAUAAACAAAAUGGUUAUCAUGCUUCUGUUGAAGUAAUUAAUCCAACUCGAAACAAUUUGGUCCAUGAUUAUUAUGAUCUACAAAAUAAAGUUGGCUUUAUUGACUUGGAAGCAUUCAUUCAAAGUAAAAUUUAUCGACGUUAUUAUUAUCAUUCAACAGGGGAAAAGAUUGCCGUUCGAGAAGGUAUAUGUAAAAGGUUGGAAUUAACCCAGAAUGAGAAGAUUGAAUCGAUCAAAGAUUGGUUCGAACUAAAAGAUAUUGUCGCUUCUUCAGAGAUGUUCAAAGAUUUGGUUCACUUGGGGCCGACAGGAUUGAUGAUUUAUGCCAACAGUAAAAGUGAUAAAGCUUCGUUCAUAGGAUCCGAACUGAUUGAAGGUCGUACUGUUAAUCACUGGUUUUAUUGUAGCAAUCCUAAUGGACCUUACAUUGACUUUUACUUUGAUGUUAAGACUUCACUACCUUAUCGGUUCUCGUUGUAUUAUCCUAAAUGGAUCGAAACUCAGGAGGCGAUUUCAAUAAAUGAGACUCAAACAGUUAAAAAGCAAGUUGAUUCCGAUUCAAAAUACGUUUAUAACUUUUACAUGUUCAAACCACUUGUCAUAUCAUCAGAUGAUCCCAUUCCUUAUCCAUUGGGUUAUGGAUGUGCGCGUAAAGGCACUCGUCCAUCUACUCCAUUACCAAAUUUCAGUCAAGUUAAUAAUUUUAAUUUGGACAUGGAAGCAAUAAUCACCUAUCCACACCAUGACCCUAUCAAAUCAACUGCUCGGGUAAUGAAACGAGGUGAUGUUAUUUCGUACGAAAUCCAAGAAAAUGGUACUUCUGUUCGUUUCAUUGAAUUACCUCCUCCUUUAGGAAGAUUUCAAGUUGAUGAACACACUGGUCAAUGUAGUCAUUCAACAACAGCUUAUCCAUUUGAUGUUACACUAGUAACCCGUUGGCCUUCCGAUAAAAAUCAAGUCUUCAAUCUAUUUUAUUAUCUGCUAAUGAAACCACCUAAAGAUCAAGCACUCACUUUCAUUGGUGAUAUACCUUUAGGACCUUUUCGGGUGGAAGAAUACAAAGCAACUAACUUCUUCAGAAAUGGUAUUGCUGCCAUUAUUGACUAUUAUUAUACUCAAAAUACAAGUAACUCUGUUCCGAGUAAAGUCAUAUUCACUGAGGAUCCAAGCGAUUAUUAUUCUUAUGAAACUCAAGUUGAAGUAACCAUAAUUAAUUACAAAGAAGUUUACAUUGAUUACGAAGAUCGAUUCGAUGUUUCCGGUUGUUAUGAAGAACCUGGAAGCUAUACUUGGUUUCAACUUCUCUUUUCAAAUCCUUCGUUGAGCGAAUUCAAUUUGGAAGCAAUCAGGCAAUCGACAGAAGAAUACUUGACUUCAUUCAUUCCAGUAACUCGCAUUGGUGAAAUUCAUGCACAACAAGUUGAUUUUAAUGUGUAUGUUACUGUUAAGCUUUAUGAUCGUGUAAAUUUAAUUAAGGGUUAUCUUCUUCACAAUACAUAUAAAAUUAACAAUCCUGCAUAUAUUGUUAAAAGAUUUAAAGUCGAAGACUGUGAACAGCUCUGUAGUGCAACUGAAAAGUGUUUUGAUUUCAGCUAUUGUGACGAUUAUGAUUGUUCAAUAUAUCAAAGUACUCGUAGCUCUCAAUACUCAACUUCAUUCCACUACACAGAAGGAUGUAUUUCUUAUUCUCGGUCGAAGUAUCAAUUUGAUCUUAUUCCAUUAGUGAAUAAAAAUUAUCUGUCAGCCAUAUCACACGUACUACAACAGAUAAGGAAUAAAGUCUCAUCAGGCAACUUUCGUUUGCUUGGGCUAUCAGCUGAAGAUCUAUUCAUUGUGAAUGGACCUGAAGAGAUUGGUGAUAUUUCCCAAGAAUUACAUAGACGGGGUUCCUUUAAACCUUUAAGAGGUGAAGAUUUUCCGAUCAUUAGAACUGAUCGCCAUUUCAAUGAAGGACAAUUCAAGAUUGAGAAAAGUACUCUUAACGAAUGUUUCAUAGCUUGUUUGAAUGAUGAUGAUUGUAACACACUUUCAUAUUGUGUUAACCAGAAUAAGGAAUGCAUUCUGAGUGGAGAAACAUCGAGUUCACUAAACGACACAUUCGAAGACAAAACAAGCCAUGCAGAUGGAUGUGACAUAUAUCAAAAAUCAUUUAUCAAUUUAUUCCAUGAGUAUCCUGGAAAAAAUCUAGUUCUGGAUGCCGUCUCAACCAUACCUGAUGUACCAAUUGGUGAUUGCGCUAGCACAUGUGCUCAAUCAGAAUCAUUCAAUUGUGAAUCGUUCGAUUACUGUGAAAACAAUAAUAACCGGAAUCAAUCUAUUUGUCUCUUACAUGUUAAUCACAUUGUGAUAGAUAAAACUCGUGAAAUAAAUAUAACAAACUGGAAGUUUGCUGAAGCUGGAUGUUCCCAUUAUUCAAAAAAGUCUGAACUUGAUUAUGAGCAUAAAGUUGGACUUGCAUUGAAAGAUGAUAUGAAAGAAUCAAUUGUUGCAACCUUUGACCAUCUAUCACUAGAACACUGUGCUUCCAAAUGCAAUUCAGAUCCCAAUUGUUUUACUCUCGAGUUUUGUGAAACAAUUGAUUAUAAUCAAAUUUCGGGUAGAAGCGCUUCAUUGUCGAGUUGUACACUGACCAAUUUAAAACCAAGUAACAUUCAACCUCAUCUGUUUGAAGAGUCAAAAAGCAAAACCAAAAUUUGUUCAAUUUACAUCAACCAUAAGAAAAUUACAGGAAAGAGUGAAGCUGAUCCACCGAUACAAACUAAUACAACUGAAUCAUUAACAAAAACAUCAACGAAAUCAAAUGACUUCUCUUUAGCUAUCGGAUUGGGGACAAUAGCAUUUAUAUUGGCGUUUGCUGCUGGAUUCACUGGAUUUAAAUUCACUCCUAAGGAAGGAUUUGUUAAAAAAGCAAAGUUGAAAAUGACUGUUCCAAUGAAACCAACUCGGGAAACUAAAUAAGUCGAAGGGAUGGAUCAAUUACAUAAAGAUAUUCGAUAUUUUAUCGUAUCGUUAGUAGAUUCUAUCAAUAACCACCCACCCAAAGCAUCCACCUUAAUUUUCAAUAACAUUGAGCUCAAGUGAAUGUGCAGGCCUAAUCUUAAAAUUCAGCUCAUCAAGUUUUGUAGUUCAUUUGGUGUUUAAAAAAUACAUUCUUAGGCUUUUUAUACA